AUGGGUUUGACGGAGCCCGGGCCGGGUGCAAAGAUAAGAUGCCAUAUCCACCAGGCUGAAAGAACCCGGCGGAACUUGACCAGAGAUUCACGAGGUCGUUGGUGCUGCCUUCCUGGUCAGCCAUGCAAGCUGAGACGGCCGGCCGAUGACAGGCCACGGUCGCGACGCAGAGCGCGUCGAAGGUCCAGGUCCAGGUCAAGGCGACGACGCUCUCGAAGACGCCGCUCUGGACGUUCGGAGAGGAGGCCAAAGCGCCGGAGAAUAUCAGAAGGCCACGGGCGGUUCAGACACCGGUCAAAAGAGGACCUUGCAGCCAAAAACAGUUCGCAACACAAAGAGGUUGAGAAGAAGGACCAGAUCCCAGAAUUUAUGGAAGCUGAGCCAGACUUUGAGGAGCCUGUGUGGAGCCCAACAAGUUCAAACGAGCAUCAAGUCACUCAGGCUAUUCCGGUGAAGCAAGAGCUUCCUGAGGCGAUGCAGUUCGAAGGUGAUGCAGCCGUUCAUCCAGAUGAGGAGCACACCCUGAAGCUAAAAGAGGGACCUGGAAGGAGUUCACUGAGUUCACUUUCCAAGGAGGAGCGGUUUCUAUGCUUCUGGCACAACAGAUAUCGGACACGGAGAAAUGUUCGCCGUUUGAGCAAUGAGCCAGACAGGUGGGUCUGUAAAGACGAGGAUCCAUGCCUCUUGGAAGGUCAGCGAAAACCCAGGCCUGGGAGCGCCUUGCAGACGUUGAAGCAGAAAUUGACCAAGACGGGAACAAUGAGAACCCGGCCCAGCAAAGGCUCUGGGUCGCGCCGCGGUGUAAAACGCACCACUGCUCCCAAGUUGGGUCGCUUUGCAAAAGGUCAGGUGUCCGCGCCAGCGAGGCGGUCUGAGGCAUUGAAGUCUUCAAAGACAUCGGAGGAGUGGGUUCAAUGUGUACAGCAUGGGAAAUGGCGCUGCCGCGAUUUGAUGGCACGCAAUGUGAAGGGCGAAUGGGUGUGCACCGGGGAUGACCGUUGCAAGGGAGUUGACAAAGGCUUGUCCUCAGGUUUCCCCAGAAGCCCCUCCCGGGGCAUCCACUUCGAGGCGAAAUCCACACAGCCCAUUCGUACUGGUGGAAACCUUGUGCCACUUGGACCUCAAAGGAUGAAGGAGGAACGCUCUCCGAGUAGAGGUGAUCGACGAGGAAGCGAUACAGAGACCAUGGAGCUUUUGGAAGAAGAGAGUACAGCACAGCUAAUGAAGAAUGCAAAGCCAACUUCAGCCCCAACAUUGAGCAUGCGCAUGUGUGCUGUACACAAGAAGCUUCGCCAUCCUGAAAGACUUGAGAGGUGUGGCCGUGGAUGGGUUUGCAAGUCCUCCGACAGCUGCAGAACUUCCGGGCCUAAGAAGCCAGAAAGAAGCGAUGAAAGCCACGUGUGUGAAAUUCACAAUCGCGUGAGAACCGUUCAAAAUAUGGAGAAACGCCGGGAUGGCAAGUGGAUUUGCAAACCUGAGUGCAGGUGUCUUUCAAGCCGCAAUUCUGAGCGUUGA